UCUGUCCCCUCUCUGUGAUCCCCUCUCUCACGAACUGGCAGCUGGUGAUCCCUACCCUGAUCAUCAUGGUCAUCAAACUGCUCCUGAUGACCCUAGUCCUCCUCUACCUCCUCUACCGCGUUCCCUGGUGCCAGUCGGGCUGGGACCAGGACCAAGGGAGGUGCUACCUUUUCUCCCGGGCUAACCAGACCUGGGAGGCAGCGAGAAACUCCUGCUUAGCCCAGAAUGCUGAUCUGGUGGUGAUCAACGACCAAAUGGAACAGAAUUACUUAGCUAUUAAAGCUCAUUCCAUUCGGCACUGGAUUGGCUUCACCGACCAAGGGACUGAAGGCAUCUGGCGCUGGGUGGACAACACUUCUGCGGUAUUUACGAACUGGAAUGAAGGGGAGCCCAAUAACCUGUUAACGAGCAAAAAUGGUGAUGAGAACUGCGCCCACCUGUUGAACAACGGCCUGUGGAAUGAUGGACCCUGUAGUUUCACUUACAGGUGGAUCUGUGAAAGGGCCGCCACUGUAUAAACAGCCCCUUCUCCCCCCGCUCUGAACACAGGCUGAAAUUCAUCCCUCCGCCAGGAGGCCUGAGCACAGCUCAAGGCCUGUGCAUCAGCUCGUUGUGCUCUUGUGCUGACCCGUUGCCCAGGGCUGAAUCUCACACACAUCCUAACUCUGCCUGAAGUAUCCUGGCUUCUCUCCCCAUUUGUUGCUCCCAGUGAAAACACCUUCCCCCUGCAUUUCCCGGUGCCUGGGUCGGGCCCCCUGUGACAUUCCCCUGGUGUUAUCUGGACCGGUGAUCUGCUAGGUCACUCCAGUCCUUGACUCUGAGAGCCAGCCUUAUCCUGCUCUGCUGUGAGAACCCCGACUCCUGGGCUUUUCAUGCACAGCCUCCAGCAUGUAAGCUGCUUGGAUUUCACAACCGAAUGACACUAGCCAAUAUCUCCAGUCCCAGAUACAGCCCUAGGAAUCUCCCUCUUGCAGUGUCCAGUUAUGCUUGCUGAAUGCUGCAAGCUUAUAUGAGUGUGUCAAUUUAAUAAAGAAAUUGUUGUGUACCAGGCUUG